AUGGCAGACUCUGAUGCGCAGGAGACUCGCCAGCCAGCAAAAGACUCACCCUUCUCCAUAAAGAACCUGCUGAACAUCGAGGACAAACCCGCGAAGCAGAAGAGCUUCCUGGGCUCGUCCAGAGGAGUGUUUGAGGGCAGCUUCUUCUCCCGGCUCGGUGAAUUAUCUUUCCCUCGGUUUGAGCUGCCCUCGCCACAGAGGAUUGGACUCUCGGGGCAGUAUCUGGACAGAGCGUCUACCUGGUGGUAUCCAUACACGCUUGGGGCUCAUCUGAGGACCGGAGUGUCUGAGAAGGCAAACCCGAGGGAGGCAUCCCAGGCACCGGACAGGCGCUCCCCGGACAUCCAGAAAAGUGACCUGCAGGAUGUCAAAGAGGAAAGCGCCGACGACGAGGUCACGCUGGACGAGAGCGACGCGGAGGAGCCGAAGAGAGAGCUGGACCCGGAGGACGACUGGAGGAAAAAGACGGACGAGCUGGACGCCGACCAGAAGCCGUGUCGGAAGAAGAAGACUCGCACAGUGUUCUCCCGGAGCCAGGUGUUCCAGCUGGAGUCCACCUUCGACAUCAAGCGCUACCUGAGCAGCUCGGAGCGCGCGGGCCUGGCCGCGUCCCUGCACCUGACGGAGACGCAGGUGAAGAUCUGGUUCCAGAACCGGAGGAAUAAGUGGAAGAGGCAGCUGGCCGCGGAGCUGGAGGCGGCCAACCUGAGCCAUGCGGCGGCGCAAAGGAUUGUGCGGGUUCCCAUACUGUACCACGAGCACGGGGGCCCGGACUCGACCGGGAGCUCCUCUGCAAACUCACCGGGCAACCAGUCGCUGUUGGCUUUUCCCCACCACAUGUACUAUUCCCACCCGGUGCCACUGCUGAGGCCUGUUUAA